AUGCUGCAUCGCGCCCUUAGAGAGAUCUUUCAGAACAUUCAGGAGUGCUCUCAGGAAGAAGAGCUAAUCGCAUGCGCCGAUGGAUACGAACCUCUAUGCUUUCCGCUGUUGUCAGGUUGGAUCGUUGAUCAACCUGAGCAUGCAAACCUAGAAGAUGGUAGUACUAGUUCUUGUCCAAGAUGUGAGGUGGAAUUCCACAUUCUUGGAAGCACUCGCUGGAGCCCUACGCAUGAUCACGAGGAUUACCGGGAGAGUGUAAAGCUAUUCAGAGAGAACCCUGAAAACCUGGGACCGAUGGAAUAUCUUGUUGCGAGAUCAGUGAAGAAAGUCUUCAAUACUUGCUGGGGUAUGCCGAGGGUUAAUUCAUGUGAUCCCAACAAACCGGACAUUCUGCACAAUAUCUACCUAGAGAUGUUGAAGCAAAUGAUAGAGUGGGUUCAGGCUUUCUUGAAGAAGCACAAUCUAUUGGAGGAAUUUGACAAAGCUUGGAUCUCGAUUGCGCCUUACCCUGGACUGGCAGUAAUGAACAAGGCAUAUCAUGCCACAAUCCAAUGGCAAGGGAAGAAGAUGAGAAAUCAGGAGCGGGUCGUUCUCGGAGCAUUCACGGCUGCUUUAAGAAACUCAGCGGUGACUGUCAGGGGCGAAGUCACAAAGGCGUUGAAAUGUGUACGAAGCUUAAUCGGCUUCUACUUCAUGGCGCGGUAUGGGAGUCAUACGACGAGAAUACUGAAUUAUAUGGAGAGCUAUCUCAAGGAUUUCUAUAAGAACAGGGAUAUCUUUUUAGAAUUUCAGGUAUAUAAAAGGACGGUUAAGGUUGCGAGAAAUUGGACAAAAGCCUUCAACAUCUCAGGCUCCCAGAAUGCUCAGGGAGGCUUAGAGGAAUUCGCGAGAUACGAGAAAGGUCUCACUUCGACUUCAUCAAAUUGCACGUAUUAUCGCUCUAUCGGGAACAUAUCGAGCGCUUUGAGAGCAUGCUCCAGUAUUUCACCGACAUCAGUGAAUUCGCCCAUGUACGUCAGAUAA